AUGAAGAAUUCUAUUAUUGUAACUAUACUUGCUGUGUUCGUUGCGAGUAGCAAUGCGGCCAGAUGCUGGACGGCUGGCGCCGCUGAGAAUGGAUGCUCCGGUACCCAGUAUUGGUCUAAUUUCUGUGCUGCUACAACUGAUGACCCUGGGGCGGCCAAAGGGCCUCCAAAUAAUAACUGCGAAUUUAAGGACUACUUUCCCAACAUUGGCAAGUCGUAUUGUGUACGUGCUACUAACUUUUUGGAUAAACACCUACUUACUAUUAAUAAGUGUACUAAACGCAUUUGA